CUCGAUAAAACGAUAUUGGCUGAUGACAUGUCAUGGUUUCCUUUGUCAACUUUCUUUCUCUGUUGCUCCUACUCUUGGGAGGCUCAAGGGCCCAAAAAGAUAAGAAAAAUGUGCUCUUCGUAGCAGUAGAUGACCUCCGUCCAGAGCUAGGCGCCUACGGGGCAGACUAUGUAUCAACUCCUAACAUUGACUCGCUGGCAUCCAAAUCAAUACUGUUUGAAAGGGCUUAUUGCCAGGUUGCUGUGUGCUCUCCUUCUCGUGCAUCCUUGUUAACAGGACGCAGACCCGACACUAAUCAUGUUUGGAGGAUAUCAGACGAUGAGUAUUGGCGCACAACAAGCAAUGCAACUAAUGCUACUACCAUUCCACAAUAUUUUAAAGAAAAUGGAUACAUUUCUAUUGGGAUGGGCAAGAUAUUUCAUCCAGGAGCACCUGGAGGAAAUAAUGACGAGUUGUACUCAUGGUCUCUGCCAUAUUUUGAGCCCAGCACACCUAGGAGAAUGUUCAAUGCCGCGCAAGGGGCAGCUUGGUAUAGUUUCAGUAAUUUAUUCGAUAACGAUUUCGAUGAUGGAAAAGUAUCGCAAAAUGCAAUAAACCUUCUAGAGCAACUAAAGCAAAACAGGAGCGAUGGAGACAGCAGGCCUUUCUUUAUGGCAAUUGGAUUCAUGAAACCUCAUCUUCCAUUCUAUUGCCCUUCGCAAUAUUAUGAUCUUUAUCCAGGACCUGACGAAAUAAAGUUGCCAAAUAAUCCGGACCCACCUCAAGGCAUGCCUCACAUAGCUUGGACAGUUUGGAGGGAGAUGCGUAAUUAUUAUCCAAGCACAAGCGCCAUGGGAGGCUGUACCAGAGUAGCUGGAGUUUCCCUAAACAAUCCUAAUUGCUCACUGACUUCAAAUGAAACGAGGGAAGCAAGGAGAGGCUAUUAUGCCUGUACCAGUUACGUUGAUGCACAAGUUGGAAAAAUAAUGUCAGCAUUAGACUCACAAGGAUUUGCUAAUGAUACUAUAGUAGUGCUGUGGGGAGAUCACGGGUUUCAUUUGGGAGAACUGGGCAUGUGGUCAAAGAAUACAAACUUUGAAGAUGCUACACGUGUUCCAUUCAUCCUUCAUGUUCCUGGUGUAACUGAUAAUGGAAUGAAAACUGAUGCACUUGUUGAACUGAUUGACUUAUUCCCUUCACUGACUGAGCUAGCAGGAAUAGAUGUACCUCCAAUGUGCACUGAGAAUAGUCCAAAAUCCAUUGCUUGUGUAGAGGGUAGUAGUGUGGCACCUUUACUGAAGAAUCCAAGCAUGGAAUGGAAGAAAGGAGCAUUUUCUCAAUAUCCAAGGCCUACGUCUGGCUUGCCUCAGAUUUUAGGUCGACCUGAAUUUGAUGAUAAUGAGAAUGGUGAGAGUGUAAUGGGUUAUUCAGUACGUGUUGAUGAUUACAGAUUCACUGAAUGGUAUCGAUUCAACCGUACAACAUCAACUCCUAAUUUCACUGAUAUUUGGGGUACUGAACUCUAUAAUCAUACGACUCCCACUGUUUUUUUUGAUGAUGAGAAUACCAACCUAGCUAGUCGUCCAAACAUGGCUGACAAGGUACAAGAGCUAAGAGCAAUCUUACAAGCAGGUUGGAGGGGAGCAUUGCCUAAUGUAACGACUGAUACAACUCCAGCCCCAUCAGCUACUCUAAGCCAAACAGCAACACCUUCAAGAUCACCCAUACCAACCACUGCCGGCCCUGGGGAAGCCUCAUCAAAAGGAGCAGGUAACUUGCCAAUCUUUGUUAUGAUUUUGCUAUUUUUGUUUAUUUUGGCUGUCAUAUUUUAUUAGUAAGAUGUUUUUAAGCUAUAGAACGUUUAUCCAUGUACUGUCUCUCCCCAAUCAUUCUUCAUCUUUUAUUUAUCAUAGUCAUUCAGUAUAAA